CUAAUCCGCGAUUUACCGGAAACAGAAACGGGAGAACAUCCGUAUUUUCUAGGAAGGUUAGAGGUCAGAUUUUUGGGUUCAGCUGUGGAGACUUCGUGAAAGCAGUAACCGGCAAAUGUGGGAAUACGAGUUCAUUGGAGACAGUAGAAGUUGGUGUCAUUUUUCAGCAUGGAUGAAGAGAGCCUAACCUCAGCGAUUAAAACGUACAACAUUCAGUUGCGACAGGUGGAAGCCGCCUUGAGUGCCGGACUGGACCCUUCACAAGAAACAGAUCUCUUAAAACUAAAAGACGAUUUACGACAGCUCAUCGAACUAACUGAAGCCAGUCUCAUUUCCCUUAAAAAGAGCAAUCUUCUUGCUAGCUUGGAGGCAUCGAACACACAGCUGCCAUUCAGGGAAGCAGAUGAAGCGCAAAGCUCCAUUGAUGACAAGUAUGCUGCUUUCUAUGCUUCUAUUGAAGAACCUCAUCAUUCUGAGAGCAGUAAACUUCAACCUUUAGGUGAUCAGAAUGAGCCAUCAGAUCAUAAUUGUUCUGAUCUCGGCAUUAGUGACGAUGAUGAUGACAGUGAGGCCAUGAGUGGAAUGAAAGUCCAAGCUCCUUACCGCACCACUUGGGGAACACUGGAAUAUCACAAUGCUAUGGUGGUUGGAGCAGAGUAUUCAGAAGACACCGAACCAAAAGUCAGAGUCUUGUAUGUUUAUCCAACACACAAGUCCAUGAAGCCAUGCCCAUUUUUUCUUGACGAUAAAUGCCGUUUUAUGGAAAAAUGCAGGUUUUCUCAUGGGGAGGUGGUGGCAGUAUCUGAACUCCGUAAUUUCCAGGAAUCUGAUCUAAGUUCUCUGGAGGUUGGAUCAUCCUGUCUAGUCAGGCAUGAAGAUGGGAUCUGGUACCCUGCCAGCAUUAAAGACAUUGACAGUGGCUAUUACACAGUCAAAUUUGAUUCACUUCUGCUGAAAGAGGCUGUAGUCGAAGCUGACUGCAUUAUUCCCCCACUAAGAAAAGAAGAUUCUUCCUCAGAAGAGUCAGAAGAUGAGGAAAUAGGAGAUGAUUCAGCCUAUGCUAAAGUAAUUGAUUCUGCUUCGGCUGUGACAAAUGAGUGGACCUCCUCUUGUGGUUUAGGCUUUGGGGGCUGGGAGGCUCACACAAGAGGUAUUGGUUCGAAGCUGAUGGUCAAAAUGGGCUACGAAUUUGGAAAAGGUCUGGGCAGAAAUGCAGAAGGUCGAGUGGAACCUAUCCAAGCAGUUGUACUUCCGAAAGGAAAAUCCCUCGACCAGUGUGCUGAAAUCUUACAGAAGAAAAAAGAAGGAAAAAUUGGCAAAGGCAAAGCUAAGAAACUAAGAAAGAACAAACAAAAUGGGACUGGUUCAUCCAUGCAGCAGAAAAACAGGCAAACUGUGUUUGAUUUUUUAAAUGACACGCUAAAGGGGAAGAAGCAUGGCUCUGCACUUGAGGCAGAAAAUCCUGCAGCUCCAAGGACUAGUAAAGAAAUCUAUCGUGGAGAACAGAGCAUAAAGAGAACUCUUAACGUCCGACUCUUCCAAGCAGCUGAAAAAGUUGAACAGACGCAGAAGGAAAUUCACAGACUACAGGAAGCCCUUGCUAGAAACAUUGGAAGAGAUAAAGGAAUGACUUCACUCUUGGAGGAGAAGUUAAAUGUUGCCAAAAAACAGUUGGAGCAAAUGAAGGCACAAGAAGUAAUCAUCCAACGGGAACAAAGAAAGGCGAACACCCAUAAGAAGAUGACGGAGUUUUAACACUGCCGGUUUGUGUUAACGGCACAUUUGCAGGUAGCCACUGUUUGUCUCACUAUUUGGACAUUUGCCGUUAUUUAUCUGUGUCAAACCACACCUUGCAACUUUUUAGUUUUUGUUUUACUACAGUAAGUGGAUUUUCUGUAUCUCAUUGUACUGGCCAACGUUGGAAUGUUUUUAUUGUAUUAAAUGACCAACAACUCAUCUUUAA